CUGUCCUGACUCAGAGAGAUCCACCUGGCUCUGCCCCCUGAGUGUUGGGAAUGUGCACUUUGAACACAGGAUGGCAGCUCCCCCUAAUGGGGUCUCAUUCUUCCAACUGCCUUUUACUGCAUCCUAAAAUAGCUACUGUGUGUGUCAGCUUGUAAAGAUGGGAUGUCCUGAAUAGCUAGCCCAGAUACCUUCCUAGAGCAGGCCUUAGGAGGCUGCCCCUGUCACUGCCUCCUCCAGGGCAGACAUUUGCCAUUAGAAGUGAAGAGCAUGGUGGGGGAGGUUGAGUCUGGUCCCUCUUGACGCCUCCCUGGGACACAGCAUGGAGUGGAGCCAUCUCUAUCAGGAAGUGACAUGCCAGAGGCAACUCUUUUGUGCAAUGAUGAGGCCAUCAACAGCAGGUUCUGACAAUUUCAAAAUCUGAAGUAUAAACUAACAAGGUGCUAUACCCAGGCUCUGAGCAGUAGGCCUCCCUUCUAGAGCAUGUCCUGAAGCUGGGCACAGCUCCAGGGACACACCGACAUGUCUUAGAUGCAGGUCUUUGGCUUUCAAGAGAGUUGUCACAGCCACUUUCCAAGACACAUGAGCUGUUUUCUCAACCCAAAUUAUCAAAUGUCUGUUACAAAACCUGACCCCCCAGCGCCAGCUAGAGACACUAUCCUCUCAGCUCCCCCUGCUCCUUUUCCAUCUUUGUCCUCCUGAAACCAACUAGACAGAAAAGUGGGUGACUGCUCCCCUUGGGCUAUGGUGGAGAGACCAUUACAAAAGAGGGAAGAAAUCCCUGCCCCCAAGUCAUGUGGACUCUGGCUGCAAGAUUUGGGGAAACCCAGGUUAAAGAGAAAUACGCUCUCAAGUAGCAAACUUUAAUAUUGUUUACUUUACACUAUCACACAAGAAGCAGGCUCUCACUAAGAGUCCUGAGUCACAGGGCUGGGGCUCAGCAGGGCAAGCCCAGUGCCACUGUGUAAAGAUUGGCCCAGGGGGCGAGGGGUGCACUGUGGGAGUGCACAAAGGGAGGGCUAUGAGACUGAAACCCAGCAGCAAAGCCACCAAGAAGGAAGAAGUCAGCACCACCAAUGUCACAACACCAUGUGGCUCUGUCCUCACCUCUGGCUGGAUGUCAAACCUUAACCACCAGGCAAGUGCUGGCUGCAGUCUGGGCUGAAGCAUGUCAGCAACCAAGGGAACUAAAAAAGGCUGUGACAAGCGGAUGAGCCUGUCCAGGGCACAGUGUCCAUUAGGCACAGCAGUUCCGGCCCCUCCUCCGUUCUCUGAGAGUCCAACCUGGGGUAGGAGCUGGCAGGCCCCAGGUCCCCUCAGUUGGUAGAGUUGUGCUGUAGGACCUGCUGAGGGGCAAAGAGCUUCCUGACAGCUGAGGCCUCUCCAGGCUGGCCCAGCACUGGGCAGUUCUCUUUGUUGUCUGGCCCCGCGGGCUGGACCGAGGACUUCUUAAAGUAGCAAAGGCGGCACACGGAGUGGUACUUGUCGGCUCCACCUAUCACCUCCACCUGGUGGACAGGGGCCACAGAGGAUGCGUGAGCGCAGGACCCGGAAGCCCAGGCCCACCCGACUCCACGGACAGAAGUACAGGAGCUACCUCCUUCUCCAGGCCCAGCCUCUUGGUGUAGGCAGCUUCUCGGAAGCACUCCAUGCACACAGCAGUCAGCUUCACCACGCUCUCAGCCAGCGGCACCAGGUUCAAGAUGCUGCCGAAAGCCUGCGCAUAGGACAGCAGGGAUGUUUGACCAGAGAGAGGACAGGCGCCGACCUGGCUGUGGCCCACCCUGGACACUGCAGCUAUUCUGUGCUCUCCUCUGCUCUUGGUCCUCCUGGAUGCUCGCCCAUCCUGUGGACACUGUGAUUACACUCGGAAGAAGGAAAGAUCUCAGUACAGAGCCUGGUUGGAAGCAUGGCUUGAAUUCCAGCCCCAGUUCCAACUCCUGGACACUCUGCUUCCUGUUCCGCUUCAGAUACCUGCCCUGCUCUCAACCUUGGCCCAGCCUACAGCAACCCUGACCUGCAGCUCCAGUGGUCAGCUUUGGCUCGGGGGCAUUUGUUCUGGGCGAUCUGGAAGCGCCGGACCCUUCUCAUCAGCUCGGUGCUGCAAGAGUUACCAGGGCAGCCUUGGUCCCGGGACCUGUGGAUGGCAAACGUCAGCAAGUUUUGGCGCUUUCCUUUAAAUAAUCCACGCCGACCAAUCGCAAGCCGCGGAACACAGCGGACGAGGCGCACGUGGUCCCGCCCCCUCUUCCCGGCCCCGGAGCAAAAGCUGGAGCGUAGCCUUCUGUGCUGGACCUGACCAUGGCUACCUCCCAGCGUUCCGCGAGCGAGACGCCCUGGAGGACCUUGUCUGCAGAGGACCUGGAGAAGCAGUACUCACCUAGCAGGUGGGUCAUCCGGAUGAAAGUGGAGGAAGUCGUCAGCACCUUCGUGCAGACAGGAAUCCAGGCCACCAGGAAAGCCCGGGCCACCAGGAGAAAGCAGCUGGAUGUCCCCUAUGGAGAUGGCGAAGGGGAAAAAAUGGACAUCUACUUUCCUGAUGAGGACUCCAAGGCUUUCCCCCUCUUCCUGUUCUUCCAUGGAGGAUACUGGCAGAGCGGAAGCAAAGAUGACUCGGCCUUCAUGGUGAACCCACUGACAGCACAGGGGGUGGUCGUGGCGAUAGUGGCUUACGACACUGCACCCAAAGGCACGCUGGACCGGAUGGUGGACCAGGUGACCCGCAGUGUGGCAUUUCUACAGCGGCGGUAUCCGAGCAAUGAGGGAAUCUACCUCUGUGGACACUCUGCAGGAGCUCACCUGGCUGCUAUGGUACUCCUUGCCAAUUGGACCAAGCAUGGCGUCACACCCAACCUCCAAGGCUCUCUCCUGGUGAGUGGGAUCUAUGACCUGGAGCCCAUCAUAUCUACCUCCCAGAACGCCCUUCUGCACAUGACCCUGGAAGAUGCUCAGAGAAACAGCCCGCAGCGAUGCUUGGAGAUGGCCCCAGUGAGGCCUGUGGGUCCAGCCUGUUCUGUGCUGGUGGUUGUGGGUCAGCAUGACUCCCCGGAAUUCCGCCGACAGUCCAGGGAGUUCUAUGAGACACUGCGCCGAGUAGGAUGGAAGUCCUCUUUCCAGCAGCUGCAUGGUGUGGAUCACUUUGACAUCAUAGAGAACCUGACCCGAGAGGAUGACGUCCUCACCCAGAUCAUUUUGAAAACAAUCUUCCCGACCCUCUGAGGAUACCCGGUCUCCAGCCUGUGUGCACCCUUAGAAAACCUCCAGAAAAGAGAUGACGUCUGCCACCUAACGUUGGCUUGUCUGUCCCCCCCCCCCCCCCCCCCCCACCUCCCCGCACAUUUUCCCUGCUCUGAACACAGGCCCCCUGUCAUUCUCCCCACCUGGAUGGAUCUCCGGGGAAAGGCUGUGUAGAUUGGCACAGGGUAUGCACAUGCCACCAUCUGGCCAAGUCUGCCCCCACUGCAGACACCAGCCUCUGCUCUGCUUCCUGUGCCGUUUUGCAGCAUCAGUGUGGACUGGCUGGGACUGGGGCUGUUACUCAGCUGCUGCCUCCCACUACAGAAGAGGGCAGAGUCGGGAGGGAAUGAAGAAUGAAGAAGACCAGCCAACCGCCGGGGUGCAGCUCAAGGGUAGAUGCUUGACCAGUGUGCAUAGGAUCCUGGGUUCAAUCCCUGGUAUUUACAAGGAAAUA